AUGCAAAAUGUGAAAGUUGACAACGCGAAGUGCUCCGAUCACUCUAGCGAGUCCUCCGAAGCCCAGCCAACGGCGCAUUUUGAAAAUUCCACCUCCACCAUUGAUUCAACGUCAAACCAAAUCUUUACCCAAGCAACCUACGAGGCGCCUCCUAAGGUUAAAAAACGAAUGAAAACUUCAGAUGUCGAUUUUAACAAGGAGAAGACGAAUUUGAUUGUCAAUUAUUUACCGCAGAGCUUCACGGACCAAGAGUUCUUCAACCUCUUCUCAACCGUCGGCCGCGUCAAUAAAGCGCGAAUCAUCCGCCACCGCCAGACCGGCUACUCCUUCGGCUAUGGCUUCAUCGACAUGGCAUCUGCUGAGGAUGCUGAGCGAGCAAUUCGUAAGCUCAAUCAAUAUCAAAUCGGACAUAAGCGGCUCAAGGUGGCUUAUUCUCUCCCCUCGGGCGAUCGGACGCGCAAUAUCAAUCUUUAUAUAAAGGGCCUCCCGAAACAUUGGACGAGAAAAGACCUCGAAGAUUCUUUCAAUCAAUUCGGCACCAUUCGAAAUGCAAGAAUCCUUUUUGACCCAGCGACUCAAACUGGCACUGGAGUUGGCUUUCUCCUGUACGCCGAAAAGGCAAUGGCUGAACGAGCUUGCGAGGAAAUGAACGGAAAGACCCUUCCCAGCGCGACUGAGCCUCUCCAGAUUUCCUUCGCUCGAUCUCAAUCUCAACCUCCAAUUGAAUGGCUUGUUCAAGCAUCGAUGCUAACAGGCUUCCCAGCUACUGUGACUCCUACAGCAUCCCUUGCACCAGUUCAAGCGAGCACCAUCCUAUCAACCCCAUCUGUCGCGCAAGUUGCAAACGGACAAUCCGCGGUCAACACCGCUGUGAAUCAGGCAACCUACAAGGGCAGACGGUACAAUCCCAUGGUUCGGCCUACAGCUGUUGCUAACAAUACAAGAACUCAGCAACCAGUUCUGGUUGCAAACCAACAGCAAGUUCAGCAAUCCCCGAUGAUUGUGCUGCCAUAUAACCAAUUCGGGCAGCAAAUCCAAGGAUUGGACCUGCAAACUCUCAUUGCCCAGCAAAAUCAAACCACACCUGCAGCUGUAUCUGCUACUGUACCUGUUUCAACAGCUGCUGUGCCCACAGCAACGACACAAACGGCAACGACGACCUAUCAACAGACAGCUCCACAGCAGACAGUUCCUCAAGCUCAGAAUCCAAUCUCGCAAAUUCCUCAAAGCGUUCCGUUCCACGUGAUUCCAGCGAUGACGCAGCUCGCUCAGCCGUUCCAAUUCCAACAAGUUCCACAACAAGCUUCUCACUCGUUCUAUCAGACCGGCGUCAUGUGA